CAUGUAACCUGCGUGUGCGUGUGUGUGUGCGCGUGUGUGUCUCUCGUUCGCCCUCUCUGUCUGUGUGUAAGAGAGCGAGGGUGGGGGACGGAGGCAAGCAGGCGAACAGACAGGGAGGGGAAUAAGAGGAGAGAAGCUAUUAAACACACACUCACACACACGCCCCAACCCCCCAGAAGCCUCGGGAUUGCAGCUGUUUCAUGUGGGGCAGCAGUGCUGGCAGGGACGCCGGCCGGGAGCGGCCGGGAGCGGGAGCCCGGCGUGCGCGCGCGGCUGGAGGCUCGCUGGGGCUCCGCUCCCCGCGGGAGCUAUUGUUGGUCUCUCUGGAGCUGAGCGCAAACCUGGGACCUGCUCCUUCCUGGGCCCCCACUUUGGGCUCACGGAGCCGAGGAACCGCGCCACCGAGAGCGAAAGGAGCCACCGGCGCGGUGCCUUGCCUCCCUCCUCCCUGCUUCCCCGGCGGUGGCAGUCUGCAGCCACGAUGGAAAAACUGAGACUCAGAGAGGGCUAGUGAUCUCUUGGGCCCCUUGGUCAGCAGAAAGGACUCCGCCCCACCCUCCAGGAUCGGAUGGCCCACGGACACUGCUGACUCUUCAGGACGUGCUGCCAUGGAGCCAGGUAGACUGAAAUUACCAUGUGUCCAAAUUAAAAUUGCAUACUUCAAAGAUUAUUUGAAGGACUAUUCUUAGACCCUUUUAAGAAGAUUUAAAGAAAACUCCAGAACACUCAGCCCUGAGUGCGGCGAGGACUCUGUUCGUGGAUGUGGAGGAGUGUGGGCCGGAGGCCAUGGACGUGAAGGAGAGGAAGCCAUACCGCUCGCUGACCCGACGCCGCGACGCCGAGCGCCGCUACACCGGCUCCUCCGCGGACAGCGAGGAGGGCAAGGCCCCGCAGAAGUCCUACAGCUCCAGCGAGACCCUAAAGGCCUAUGACCAGGAUGCCCGCCUCGCUUACGGCAGCCGCAUCAAGGACAUGGUGCCUCAGGAGGCCGAGGAGUUUUGCCGCACAGGAGCCAACUUCUCCCUACGUGAGCUGGGCCUGGGAGAGGUGACACCUCCUCAUGGGACCCUGUACCGCACAGACAUUGGCCUGCCCCACUGCGGCUACUCCAUGGGGGCCAGCUCUGAUGCUGACGUGGAGGCUGACACUGUGCUGUCCCCUGAGCACCCUGUGCGACUGUGGGGCCGGAGCACACGGUCAGGCCGCAGCUCCUGCCUGUCCAGCCGGGCUAACUCAAACCUCACGCUGACCGACACUGAGCAUGAGAACACUGAGACCGAUCACCCCGGCGGCCUGCAGAACCACUCGCGGCUCCGAACACCGCCACCUCCGCUCUCGCACGCCCACACCCCCAACCAACACCACGCGGCCUCCAUUAACUCACUGAACCGGGGCAACUUCACUCCGAGGAGCAACCCCAGCCCGGCCCCUACGGACCACUCACUGUCCGGAGAGCCCCCUGCUGGCGGUGCACAGGAGGCAGCGCACACCCAGGACAACUGGCUGCUCAACAGCAACAUCCCCCUGGAGACCAGAAACCUAGGCAAGCAGCCAUUCCUAGGGACAUUGCAGGACAACCUCAUUGAGAUGGACAUUCUCAGCGCCUCCCGCCAUGAUGGGGCUUACAGUGACGGGCACUUCCUCUUCAAGCCGGGAGGCACCUCCCCACUCUUCUGCACCACAUCACCAGGGUACCCUCUGACUUCCAGCACAGUGUACUCACCUCCGCCCCGGCCCCUGCCUCGCAGCACCUUCGCCCGGCCAGCCUUCAACCUCAAGAAGCCCUCCAAGUACUGUAACUGGAAAUGUGCAGCCCUGAGCGCCAUCAUCAUCUCAGCCACACUAGUCAUCCUGCUGGCGUACUUUGUGGCCAUGCACCUGUUUGGCCUAAACUGGCACCUGCAGCCGAUGGAGGGGCAGAUGUAUGAGAUCACGGAGGACACAGCCAGCAGUUGGCCUGUGCCAACCGACGUCUCCCUGUAUCCCUCAGGGGGCACUGGGUUAGAGAUCCCUGACAGGAAAGGCAAAGGAGCCACAGAAGGAAGGCCCAGUAGUUUCUUUCCAGAGGACAGUUUUAUAGACUCUGGCGAAAUCGACGUGGGGAGACGAGCUUCCCAGAAGAUUCCUCCCGGCACUUUCUGGCGAUCUCAAGUGUUCAUAGACCAUCCUGUGCAUCUGAAAUUCAAUGUGUCUCUGGGAAAGGCGGCUCUGGUUGGCAUUUACGGCAGGAAAGGCCUUCCUCCUUCACAUACACAGUUUGACUUUGUGGAGCUGCUGGAUGGAAGGAGGCUCCUGACCCAGGAGGCACGCAGCCUGGAGGGCCCCCAGCGCCAGUCUCGGGGAGUCGUCCCUCCCUCUAGCCACGAGACUGGCUUCAUCCAGUAUUUGGAUUCAGGCAUUUGGCACCUGGCUUUUUACAAUGAUGGGAAGGAGUCAGAAGUGGUUUCUUUCCUCACCACUGCCAUCGAAUCGGUGGAUAACUGCCCCAGCAACUGCUAUGGCAACGGCGACUGCAUCUCGGGGACCUGCCACUGCUUCCUGGGCUUCCUGGGCCCUGACUGCGGUCGAGCCUCCUGCCCCGUGCUCUGCAGCGGGAAUGGCCAGUACAUGAAGGGCCGGUGUCUGUGCCACAGCGGCUGGAAGGGCGCAGAGUGUGAUGUGCCCACCAACCAGUGCAUCGAUGUGGCCUGCAGCAACCACGGCACCUGCAUCAUGGGCACCUGCAUCUGCAACCCCGGCUACAAGGGCGAGAACUGUGAGGAAGUGGACUGCAUGGACCCCACGUGUUCUGGCCGGGGUGUCUGUGUGAGAGGCGAGUGCCACUGCUCCGUGGGAUGGGGAGGCACCAACUGCGAGACACCCAGGGCCACGUGCCUGGACCAGUGCUCGGGCCACGGAACCUUCCUCCCCGACACCGGGCUUUGUAGCUGUGACCCCAACUGGACUGGACACGACUGUUCUAUCGAGAUCUGUGCUGCCGACUGCGGUGGCCAUGGCGUGUGCGUGGGGGGCACCUGCCGCUGCGAGGAUGGCUGGAUGGGGACAGCCUGUGACCAGCGGGCCUGCCACCCGCGCUGCGCCGAGCAUGGGACCUGCCACGACGGCAAGUGUGAAUGCAGCCCCGGCUGGAACGGCGAGCACUGCACCAUCGCUCACUAUCUGGAUAGGGUAGUUAAAGAGGGCUGCCCUGGGUUGUGCAAUGGCAACGGCAGAUGCACCUUGGACCUGAAUGGGUGGCACUGCGUCUGCCAGCUGGGCUGGAGAGGAGCUGGCUGUGACACGUCCAUGGAGACCGCCUGUGGUGACAGCAAAGACAACGAUGGAGAUGGCUUGGUGGACUGCAUGGACCCCGACUGCUGCCUCCAGCCCCUCUGCCAUGUCAACCCACUGUGCCUGGGCUCCCCUGACCCACUGGACAUCAUCCAGGAGACACAGGCCCCUGUGUCCCAGCAGAACCUGCACUCCUUCUACGACCGCAUCAAGUUCCUCGUGGGAAGGGACAGCACUCACAUCAUCCCUGGGGAGAACCCCUUUGAUGGAGGGCACGCAUGUGUCAUUCGCGGUCAGGUGAUGACAUCAGAUGGAACCCCACUGGUUGGUGUGAACAUCAGUUUCGUCAAUAACCCUCUCUUUGGAUACACGAUCAGCAGGCAAGACGGCAGCUUUGAUUUGGUCACAAAUGGCGGCAUCUCCAUCAUCCUGCGGUUCGAGCGGGCGCCUUUCAUCACACAGGAGCACACCCUCUGGCUGCCUUGGGAUCGCUUCUUUGUCAUGGAAACCAUCGUCAUGCGACAUGAAGAGAAUGAGAUCCCCAGCUGUGACCUGAGCAACUUCGCACGCCCCAACCCUGUUGUGUCUCCAUCCCCACUGACGUCCUUCGCCAGUUCCUGUGCAGAGAGAGGCCCCAUCGUUCCGGAAAUUCAGGCUUUGCAAGAGGAAAUUGCUAUCUCUGGCUGCAAGAUGAGGCUGAGUUACCUGAGCAGCCGCACACCUGGCUACAAGUCUGUCCUGAGGAUCAGCCUCACCCAUCCUACCAUCCCCUUCAACCUCAUGAAGGUCCACCUCAUGGUGGCGGUUGAGGGCCGCCUCUUCCGGAAGUGGUUUGCUGCAGCCCCGGACUUGUCCUACUAUUUCAUCUGGGACAAGACAGAUGUCUACAACCAGAAGGUGUUUGGGCUUUCAGAAGCCUUUGUUUCUGUGGGUUACGAGUAUGAAUCCUGCCCAGAUCUGAUCCUGUGGGAAAAGAGAACCGCAGUGCUACAAGGCUAUGAAAUCGAUGCUUCCAAGCUGGGAGGAUGGAGCCUGGACAAACACCAUGCCCUCAAUAUCCAAAGUGGCAUCCUGCACAAAGGGAAUGGCGAGAACCAGUUUGUGUCUCAGCAGCCCCCUGUCAUCGGGAGCAUCAUGGGCAAUGGGCGCCGCAGAAGCAUCUCCUGCCCCAGCUGCAAUGGCCUUGCUGACGGCAACAAGCUCCUGGCCCCCGUGGCCCUGACCUGUGGCUCUGAUGGAAGCCUCUACGUGGGAGAUUUCAACUACAUCCGAAGGAUCUUCCCCUCCGGGAACGUCACCAACAUCCUGGAGUUGAGAAAUAAAGAUUUCAGACAUAGUCACAGUCCAGCCCACAAAUACUACCUGACCACAGACCCGAUGAGCGGGGCCGUCUUCCUCUCUGACACCAACAGCCGGCGGGUCUUCAAGAUCAAGUCCACCACGGUGGUGAAGGACCUGGUCAAGAACUCCGAGGUGGUCGCAGGGACAGGUGACCAGUGCCUCCCCUUUGAUGACACGCGCUGCGGGGACGGUGGGAAGGCCACGGAAGCCACGCUUACCAACCCCAGGGGCAUCACGGUGGACAAGUCCGGGCUGAUUUACUUUGUGGACGGCACCAUGAUCAGACGCAUUGAUCAGAAUGGGGUCAUCUCCACCCUCCUGGGCUCCAACGACCUUACCUCGGCACGGCCCCUCAGCUGUGACUCUGUCAUGGAUAUUUCUCAGGUUCGCUUGGAAUGGCCCACAGACUUAGCCAUCAACCCAAUGGAUAACUCUCUCUAUGUCCUGGACAACAACGUGGUCCUGCAAAUCUCUGAAAACCACCAGGUGCGCAUUGUCGCCGGGAGGCCCAUGCACUGCCAGGUCCCUGGCAUCGACCACUUCCUGCUGAGCAAGGUGGCCAUCCACGCAACCCUGGAGUCUGCCACUGCCUUGGCUGUCUCUCACAAUGGCGUCUUGUAUAUUGCGGAGACCGAUGAGAAGAAGAUCAACCGAAUCAGGCAGGUCACCACUAGCGGAGAGAUCUCACUAGUUGCUGGAGCCCCCAGUGGCUGUGAUUGUAAAAAUGAUGCCAACUGUGAUUGUUUCUCUGGAGAUGAUGGUUAUGCCAAGGAUGCUAAGCUGAAUACCCCAUCCUCCUUAGCUGUAUGUGCUGAUGGGGAACUCUAUGUGGCCGACCUUGGGAAUAUCCGAAUUCGUUUUAUCAGGAAGAACAAGCCCUUCCUCAACACCCAGAACAUGUAUGAGCUGUCCUCACCAAUCGACCAGGAGCUCUACCUAUUUGAUACCAGUGGCAAGCACCUGUACACCCAAAGCCUGCCCACAGGAGAUUACUUAUACAACUUCACCUACACUGGGGAUGGUGACAUCACCCUCAUCACAGACAACAAUGGCAACAUGGUGAACGUCCGCCGAGACUCUACGGGGAUGCCUGUCUGGCUGGUGGUCCCAGAUGGCCAGGUGUAUUGGGUGACUAUGGGCACCAACAGUGCCCUCAGGAGUGUGACCACACAAGGACACGAGUUGGCUAUGAUGACAUACCACGGCAACUCCGGCCUUCUGGCAACUAAAAGCAAUGAAAAUGGAUGGACAACAUUUUACGAGUACGACAGCUUUGGCCGUCUGACAAAUGUGACCUUCCCUACUGGCCAGGUGAGCAGUUUCCGAAGCGAUACAGACAGCUCAGUGCAUGUCCAGGUAGAGACCUCCAGCAAAGAUGAUGUCACCAUAACCACCAACCUGUCUGCUUCAGGUGCUUUCUAUACACUGCUGCAAGACCAAGUCCGCAACAGCUACUACAUCGGGGCAGACGGCUCCCUGCGGCUGCUGCUUGCCAAUGGCAUGGAGGUGGCGCUGCAGACAGAGCCCCACCUGCUGGCCGGCACCGUCAACCCCACUGUGGGCAAGAGGAACGUCACACUGCCCAUUGACAACGGCCUCAACCUGGUGGAGUGGCGGCAGCGCAAGGAGCAGGCCCGGGGCCAGGUCACCGUCUUCGGGCGCCGGCUGCGGGUUCACAAUCGGAACCUCCUGUCUCUGGACUUUGACCGCGUGACACGUACAGAGAAGAUCUAUGAUGACCAUCGGAAGUUCACCCUCCGGAUCCUGUAUGACCAGGCGGGGCGGCCCAGCCUCUGGUCACCCAGCAGCAGGCUGAACGGUGUCAACGUGACGUACUCCCCGGGGGGUCACAUUGCCGGCAUCCAGAGGGGCAUCAUGUCGGAGAGAAUGGAAUAUGAUCAGGCGGGCCGCAUCACAUCCAGGAUCUUUGCUGAUGGGAAGACAUGGAGCUACACAUACUUAGAGAAGUCCAUGGUGCUGCUCCUCCACAGCCAGAGGCAGUAUAUCUUUGAGUUUGACAAGAACGACCGCCUCUCUUCCGUGACGAUGCCCAAUGUGGCCCGGCAGACAUUAGAGACCAUUCGCUCAGUGGGCUACUACAGGAACAUCUACCAGCCCCCCGAGGGCAAUGCCUCAGUCAUCCAGGACUUCACUGAGGAUGGGCACCUCCUCCACACCUUGUACUUGGGCACCGGCCGCCGGGUGAUAUACAAGUAUGGCAAGCUGUCCAAGCUAGCCGAGAUGCUGUACGACACCACCAAGGUGAGCUUCACCUACGACGAGACAGCAGGCAUGCUGAAGACCAUCAACCUACAGAAUGAGGGCUUCACCUGCACCAUCCGCUACCGUCAAAUCGGGCCCCUGAUCGACCGCCAGAUCUUCCGUUUCACCGAGGAAGGCAUGGUCAAUGCUCGUUUUGACUACAACUAUGACAACAGUUUCCGAGUGACCAGCAUGCAGGCCGUGAUCAACGAGACCCCACUGCCCAUCGAUCUCUAUCGCUAUGAUGACGUGUCCGGCAAGACAGAGCAGUUCGGGAAGUUUGGUGUCAUCUACUAUGACAUUAACCAAAUCAUCACCACUGCGGUCAUGACCCACACCAAGCACUUCGACGCGUACGGGCGGAUGAAGGAAGUGCAAUACGAGAUUUUCCGCUCACUCAUGUACUGGAUGACUGUCCAGUAUGACAACAUGGGGCGAGUGGUGAAGAAGGAGCUGAAGGUGGGACCCUAUGCCAACACCACCCGCUACUCCUAUGAGUACGACGCUGACGGCCAGUUACAGACUGUCUCCAUCAAUGACAAGCCACUCUGGCGAUACAGCUAUGACCUCAAUGGGAACCUGCACUUACUGAGCCCAGGGAACAGUGCCCGGCUCACCCCGCUAAGGUACGACCUCCGUGACCGCAUCACUAGACUAGGCGACGUGCAGUACAAGAUGGACGAGGAUGGCUUCCUGAGGCAGCGGGGUGGCGAUGUCUUUGAGUACAACUCAGCUGGCCUGCUCAUCAGGGCCUACAACCGGGCUGGGGGCUGGAGCGUCAGGUACCGCUAUGAUGGCCUGGGGCGGCGCGUGUCCAGCAAGAGCAGCCACAGCCACCACCUGCAGUUCUUCUAUGCGGAUCUGACCAACCCCACCAAGGUCACCCACCUCUACAACCACUCCAGCUCUGAGAUCACAUCUCUCUACUACGACCUGCAAGGACACCUCUUUGCCAUGGAGCUGAGCAGCGGCGAUGAGUUCUACAUAGCUUGUGACAACAUCGGGACCCCUCUUGCUGUCUUCAGCGGAACGGGCCUGAUGAUCAAGCAGGUCCUGUACACGGCCUAUGGGGAGAUCUACAUGGACACCAACCCCAACUUCCAGAUCAUCAUUGGCUACCACGGUGGCCUCUAUGAUCCACUCACCAAGCUCGUCCACCUGGGCCGACGGGACUAUGACGUGCUGGCUGGUCGCUGGACUAGCCCAGACCAUGAGUUGUGGAAGCACCUUAGUAGCAGCAACAUCAUGCCUUUUAAUCUCUACAUGUUUAAAAAUAACAACCCCAUCAGCAACUCUCAGGACAUCAAGUGCUUCAUGACAGAUGUCAACAGCUGGCUGCUCACCUUUGGAUUCCAGCUUCACAAUGUGAUUCCUGGCUAUCCGAAGCCCGACACGGAUGCCAUGGAACCGUCCUACGAGCUCAUGCACACACAAAUGAAAACCCAGGAGUGGGACAACAGCAAGUCUAUCCUUGGGGUACAGUGUGAAGUGCAGAAGCAGCUCAAGGCUUUCGUCACCCUAGAACGUUUUGACCAGCUCUACGGCUCAACAAUCACCAGCUGCCAACAGGCCCCAAAGACAAAGAAGUUUGCGUCCAGUGGCUCAGUCUUUGGUAAGGGGGUCAAGUUUGCGCUGAAGGAUGGCCGAGUGACCACAGACAUCAUAAGUGUGGCCAACGAGGAUGGGCGGAGGGUGGCCGCCAUCUUGAACAAUGCCCACUACCUGGAGAACCUGCAUUUCACCAUUGAGGGGGUGGACACCCACUACUUUGUGAAACCAGGGCCUUCAGAAGCUGACCUGGCCAUCCUGGGCCUCAGUGGGGGACGGCGAACCCUGGAGAAUGGGGUCAAUGUCACCGUGUCCCAGAUCAACACAAUGCUCAAUGGCAGGACUAGACGCUACACAGACAUUCAGCUCCAGUAUGGGGCACUGUGCUUGAAUACCCGCUAUGGGACGACAUUGGAUGAGGAGAAAGCACGGGUGCUGGAGCUGGCCCGGCAGAGAGCCGUGCGCCAAGCCUGGGCCCGUGAGCAGCAGCGACUUAGGGAAGGGGAGGAGGGCCUGCGGGCCUGGACAGAGGGGGAGAAGCAGCAGGCGCUGAACACAGGGCGGGUUCAAGGCUACGACGGCUUCUUCGUGAUCUCCGUGGAGCAGUACCCAGAACUGUCAGACAGCGCCAACAACAUCCACUUCAUGAGACAGAGCGAGAUGGGCCGAAGGUGACAGAGAAGACCCCGGCCUGGACUUCUUGCCAAAGACAGCUACUCUUUUGUGGCCGCACACCUGACUGUGUUGUACUUUGAAAAAAAAAAUCCUUUUUUUAACAAGUGCAGAAAAGAAAAAAAAAAGAUACUGGUUGCAUUGUAAUUUAUGCAACAUUCUUUUUUUUUAAGAAAAGAAAAACACAAAAUUGGCCUUCACACAUUUUUUUUGCAAAGAACAGAAGGUAUUUUUUUCUGUAGUGUGAUCACAAUGAAAACUUUAUUGUCUUUUGUUCCCUUUUCCUUGAGGAUUUUUCCUUGUUGUUUGAGGUAUAUCUCUCCUCUCUGAGACGCAUCUCCUGGGGUGUGUCUUUGUCCCUCGGUACCCAGUGUGAUGUGAGACACGAGUGUCUGUGCUAACUUGUCUCAUGUAACCCUUUCCUCAGUGGGGGUCGGGCAGGAGUGAGGGGUGCGGAGAGUAACAGGCCAGUACCAAGCUUCUAAGGGGGCCUGGAAGGAGGGGCUGCAGGGCCUGAGGAUCCUUGGCUGAGCUCCCGCGGAGCAGUUACUGCUUUUUAUUCACUGUGUUCUGUGAAUGGGGAGGAUCCCGGAUGGCUCCAUCUUUCUCCGGAGAAUUUCACAAUUCAUUCAGCACCUCUUUCAAGCUGCCCCAACUCCUGGUCAAGCUUUAUAUUGUUGAUGCUAAAUGAAACCCCUGCCCUUUUUGCAAACCCUGUGUAGUUGUUGGUGCCACCCCCAUGCCGGGAUGGAGAAAGUGUCUCCCAGGUCCUUCCCCCCAGUCUGGUGACAGAGCAUCCUGGGGCUAAGAGCCUCGUGCUCUCCAAGAGGCAGAGGCACCCCGGAUGACUGUGGCUGGCUGGUCCUCCCGUGAUGCUCCUUAUGCACCUCCUCUUCUCUGCCAAAGUCCAAUGUGAGAACCAGCACCACACAGCAAGCCCUCAGUGUGGGCAACAGAUCCAGGGAGGGGGGAGGCCUCCGUGGCCCAAGGAUGGCAGUGGUGGCAAGGGUACCAGCCUGCCUUCUGUGGUGAAGCCCUCUCCCCAGGACUUGGGGUAUCUUCCCUCCAUUGCUCAGCCGCCACCACUGAGAAAUAGGAGUGUGGAGAGAGGGGUUUGGUGGCCUUCGAUUCUGGAAAGAUGUUUAAAAAAACAUCAGCCAAAGAGAGGAUGGCAUGAGCCAAGCAUCCUUCUAACCAGUUUCUGAAGGCUCCUCUGCCUUCCACCUAUGGGCUAAUUGCAGAGCUGAAGGCAGUAGGAGAGCUUUCAGAAAAUUCCUUCUGUGAAGUUAUUCUAAAACAGCUUCCCUGGGGUUUUAAAGAAAGAAGGAAAAGAGCUACUCUGGUGUGGCCUGGUGAUGUCAAGCCCUGCACCAGGACUGGGGACAGCUCCUAAGGCUGGUGCCCAUGGAUCCUGGAGGCCGUGGUACCAGUUGUCGCUGUGAAGACCUUUGCCUGAGGUCGUUAGGAAGAGGCUAAAGCCCUUUCAGGAGUACGUACAGCCCACACCUGGAGGGCAUGCCCAGGGAAAGGCAGCAGCCAACCAGGCCAGAGGAGGUGUGGAGGGAGGGGGGGGCGGCAGCAAGAGCCAGGAGCUUGUUCCUGGUUCAUCUGCCUAAUUACCAUCGUCAUUACCACUCACAGGAGGCUCUGGGAGACCACAAGGGGAAGCCAAAUGCUUCUUUUGAGCUGGGCUUCUUAGAAAAUGGGACUUUUAUGGGUUACAUUUACAUUAAGUGUGGAAAAUGAAUUCUGAGUCUGAGCUCUUCCCCGUGGCAACCUUGUUGGACUGAUAAGCUCAUGGCACCUUUAUAGCCUUACUCACAGAGUCUUCAGAAUAUUACACAAGCUAAUGAAACCAAGAAGGUCUCUCACUGCAUGAGAAUCGGAGCAGCGUGGAGCCUGGGUUCUGCCUGGCAGCGGGAGGCAGCCGCAGCUUCUCGGGAGGGGGGCUUUGCCUUAUGUCAUCCCACUGGGAUUAGAGGAUGUGUUUCGCUAAGUGCUCUUCCUGUUUCCAAAAUAAGUCAUGCUGCUGCGACAGUGCACCUUGGCCUGUGUGUCCGCUGGAUGUGCAGUGUCUCUGGGCCCAGAGCUCCACCGAGUCGGACGCGGGCUCCUCAGGUCCACCGGACGGAUGCAGCGGGAGCUGGUGCAGGGCUCCCGCCCAGCAGGAUCAUUCUUGGAGGGGAUGGAAAACAGCUUGGCCUGAGGAACACAGCUUUUUAUCCAAAAUAGACUUCUGCCUCUCAAAAUGUACUCUCAGUACAGGGGCCCUUGCACAAAGCUCUCCUGCCCCUUGGCCUUGCUGAGCAGUUCCAUGCUGGCUGCCGAACAUCAGUCAAGGCCCUCCAGGGACGUCCCUUGGAGCCAGCGACAGCACAAGGGCCAAGUGCGUCCUUGCCCUGCACCUCCCAGCCCUCUGGCCACCCACCCCCACCAAAGUAACAGUGCAGACAUUUAAAGAUCAAAAACACAGAAUUAGUGAGUGCUCCUUUUCUUUAAAUGGCUGAUGUCCUAUUUUCCCUGGGCCACACACCACCAAGGAGGCCCAGCUUCCGUGCAGGGAGAAGCUGAAGCGUCCCCAGGCUUGAGAGAAGGGGUCUCAGGUGUGGAGCGGGCAGCACUGGGCACCUCGGUUUCACAUGCGUGCGUUGCCCCUGGAGACUGUGCUCCUGGCCCGGGUUUCGUCAGCCUGUUAGGAAUUGGUUUCUGUUUGGGUUGACAGGCAACUGGGUGCUUCCCCUCUCAGUCCCUCCUCCUGCAGAGGCCAGUGAUCCCCGUCCUGUAGCGAAAGUGAAUCUGAAGGCAUAAGCCAGAGCUCCCCGAGCCUGUUCAGUGGCCUCUAGCCAUCAAAUCCCACCCUGGAUGGCACCUGCCUGUUUGGCAUUAGCCAGCCAAAACGGGUCCAUUGCUUGGAGCAGCCAGCCCUCCCUCUGGCUGUGUUCAUGAUUCUGAGGGAUGUCACCUUCUCACCCUAGAAAGAGAUUUAUUUCGGAGGAGUUCUCCCCUGCUCUCCACAUCUGCCACCAGCACCUCAUCCUCAGCCCUCUGCCAUCACCCGAAACAGGACUUCGGUGAUUCCCCAACUUUGCUUUUUAUAGGAUGAGACUUUCUUUUUACCCAGCUCCAGACAUAGCUCUGAGGGGCAGAGCUAUGCCAAGGGGCAGCAGGGGAAGAAACUCCAUGGUAGAUGACACCUUUGUUGGCCUCUGGUGCUUGUCUCAGAAUUGCUGGCUGAUUUCUACCUCGGGAUGGAGGAUUCAAAACAGUCCCUAACAAACUGGCCGGAGGUUGAGGAUGGCCAGGAGGUGUGAUUUUACACAGUCAGGAUGGGGCGGGAUGGGAGCAUAAAGUGAAGGUGAGAAAAACUGGGCAGUGAUUUUAUAGACACAUAAUGAGGAAUCAGAUUUGUUUUAAAAAAACAAAGGGCUUUUGUAGCUGGGACUUUAAGUACCACCUUUAUAGGGGGCAGUAUCUUGCUUGCAUUAUGGCUUUCAAUGUGAAAUCCCAGAAUGUUGUUUCACAGCUGAAGCCUGUCUGUGGUGGCCACAGCAUGAGAGCUGUGAUGCUGAGCUUGGUGCCCAGGAGGGAGGAGCUUCCCAGGCCUCAGAAGGGUCCCCAGCUUCGGGGUUUGAGCUCCCGGUGCUCAGAGUCAAAUCUCUUCUCCAUUCCCCACAGCAGCCCCCAGGUGACGGCUUCUGGUCCUGAGGUGCAGCCCAUCUCCUGAGCGGUCCAGAAGGAGCCCAGUCUCUCCUUGGGGUCCUCAUUAGGACUAAAAGCCCUCCAUUGAAGGCUCAUAAUUCCCAGCUAGGUUUAUACACUUGUCUAUAUUUUACUGGGGGGAAGGGGAUUCAAAGGAAGAACUCUGGAGUUCAAGGCCCCUCCCUUUAACCUUCAGAAAACAGCAAACUCGUUUUGAGGACUCAUUGCUCAGGUGACAGACACUCUAUCCCCUCCAACCUUUACAUUCUCAGAAACCAGCCUCGUGUAUUUGACCACCCCAGGCAGCGGUGAGCUCUUAGGUUUUAUCCUGCGUGUGGAUGAUCAGAGUGGGGGGAGGCCUGGGGGGCGCCAACGUUGGGUUUCUCACGCCCUCUGGAAUGCCAAGAGCAUGCUACCAGGCCACCCCUGGGUCCCCAAGAAAAUGUGAUUGAGUCGGAGGGCCAACUGCCCACAAGGGACCAACACUCGGGCCACUGGGCCCCCUGCCGGAGGCAGGGCCGCAGACACCUGGCGGUGCAGCAGCCCAGGACUCACCCAACACAACACCCAACACCGGGCCCACUUUUCUAACCCUGCCUGUCCUUGAAGAUUCCUGAACCCGCAGCCUCGGCAAACGGACUCUCCCGAGCUGCCUCUGGACGACCAACACUGGAGACUCUGGCCUUACCAUGUGGAAAUAGUUUUCCUGAAGUCUGGAACUAAUUUUGAGAAGUUUUUUUCUCAACACUUUUGUGUUUCUAACACUGUAUUCUUGACUGUGUAAAUACCGACCAGGCUGUAAAUAAAUGCAGAUGUAGAUACCUUCUAGGGGGAGAGAAAAAGGCAUAAAAAACGAAACCAGAAGUGAUCCUGUGUAGCCUUCGUUGACAAAUAAAAGAAUAUUUUGUGUUUAAA